UUUUACCCGCCUUCAACUGUAGAGAUAGAAACGGGGUUUUACUUUUGUAAAUGUUUGGAAAGUAUUACGGGGGAAAGUCGUUUUAAAGUGAUUGGUGGUGUAUUUACCGUUGGACUGUCAUGAAUUUCCAAACUGACAUUCACUGUAUGUGUUAUGUUGGGAUAGUUCGUUAGAAAGUGCGUUGUUAUAGUUACACUGCGUGAAUGGGGUACAGUUGCCAUUAAAGCCGUUUUAAUCAUUGCUUAACUUAACCGGUAAAGCCUGAAGGUAUGUCAGUUAUAACCUUACAGUUGGGUCAGUGUGGGAAUCAAAUAGGCCAUGAGCUGUUCACUGUAAUAAACGAUGAUUCCAAUGGACCAAACAGAAAGAAGUACAAGCAAUGCAGUGAGGAGAGAUUCUUCUAUGAGAGCUCGACAGGAGAUCUUGUGGCCAGAUCAGUGCUUGUUGAUAUGGAGCCUAAGGUAAUCUCUCAAGCAAUAGCAAAAGCUUCAAAAUCUGGAAGAUGGAGGUAUGGAGACAAAGCCCAUUUCUGUCAGAAGCAGGGCUCUGGAAACAACUGGGCUAAUGGAUUCUGUGUACAUGGGCCACGUCAUGAAGAGGUUGUGGAGAAUCUAAUACGUACAGAGAUAGAACGCUGCGAUCGCCUUGCAGGAAUUUUCACCAUGAUGAGUGUUGCAGGUGGCACAGGUUCUGGUGUGGGUACCUACAUGACUCAGUGUUUGAGGGACCUGUACCCCCAGUCCUUCAUCCUCAAUCAACUAACAUGGCCUUAUGGAGCUGGUGAGGUGAUCGUGCAAAACUACAACUCUGUGCUCACACUGUCACAUCUCUACCAGCUAUCUGAUGCUAUUCUGGUUCACGAGAAUGACACCGUGCACAAAAUCUGUAGCAGGCUGAUGAACAUCCAACACAUCUCCAUCAGUGACAUUAAUAAGGUGAUCGCUCACCAGCUAGGCAGCAUACUUCAGCCUGCAUAUACUGCUGAUUCACCCAGCCAUUACAGCAGAAACCCUAUAGGGGAAUUACUGAGUUCCUUGGUGUGUCAUCCUGAAUACAAACUGCUAAGUUUGUGUAACAUACCUCAGAUGUCCAGCACGAAUUUGGCCUAUAGCGUAUUUAACUGGCCUGGCCUGCUUAAACAUUUGCGUCAAAUGCUCAUCGCUAGUGCUAGAAUGGAAGAAGGGAUCGACUGGACAGUAAGUGUGCCAUCAGCGGGCACAUCUGUAGGAGAGAGCAUGACAAAUAUCAGGCAUAGAGGUUUUAACUCGUCAAUUGCUAAUCUUUUAAUACUGCGAGGGAAAGAUGUUUCCACUGCAGUUACAGAUGGUUUUAAGGAUCCUGCAUUAUAUGUGCCCUGGCUUAAUACAGAAAAUAGUUUUAGUUCAUGGAAUUCCCCAGUGCCCUUUAACGGAUAUGAAAAGUCUGCCACUUUGGUCAGCAACAGCCAGUCCCUUUUGAAACCGCUGGACAAUAUAGUCAGGAAAGCUUGGAAUAUGUUUGCAUCAAGGGCCUAUGUUCAGCAGUAUACUAAGUUUGGAAUAUCUGAGGAAGAUUUUCUCGACAGCUUUACUGCUCUAGAACAGAUAAUCUCCAGCUACACACACCUCUGAAAGACCUUAUUCGCAGAGACAGUCAGGUGUAUGCAUCAUAAAGAUUUUGUGAUGAUGCUGAUUUCUGGAAAAGAUUUCAUAUGAAGAGACUUUAUUUGACUGACCCCUGGAGAAAUUAAAUUGGUUCAGUUAAUUUAAUGAUUUUGUGUUCUUUAAAACCCCAGGAAUAUUUGGUUCUACAAAUGUGGUUUGACUAUUUUUAAUAAAGUAAAAAAGUUACAUUUCUUUCUGGUGCUCCUAUUCUUAUAUCCAACCUGUUACUUGCAACCAACACAUUUGCAUCAUCCACUACAUACGAACAUACACACUUCAACAAGAAUGUCCAACAUUUUCUGCAUACUCUUAUAAAUGUAAAUGUCUAA